GACGAUGACGUUGACCAUGUGAUCAGAUAACCAAGAUGGCGUCGGGGCAACAGUGGGUGUUAGUGGAGAUGGUACAAGCACUCUACGAGGUAAUUUGUCUUUAUUUAUAUACUUUCUCUUUAAAGUUGUAGAUUUAUUCUGUUCCGUUACAACAUACUGUCUCGUAUGUUGUUUGUGUAUUAAACUGCGUAAAAAGAGAGAAACGAUAGAAAACUCCUGUUCAGGAAGUGUAGUUCAUAUUGUUACCAGACAUGAUUGACAAUAUUUUAGCCAAUAGUCUUUCGUGUCAGGGGUGCGUCGCGUUCGAUUUUGUAGUAUGGGCCAAUCUUAGUGAAAUAUUUUCAGCAAAGGCGUUUCAAGAGAUACAUAUGAAGUGAGCUGUGAUGAUUUUAUAACACAACUAACCACUACAUACAUUUUCCAUUAUCUUUUAAUUUCGAAACGCACGUAUUUCGUUUUUUUUUCACCUGUUCCAUGUCGAGGACAUAUUUUGAUAUUUUGAUCGUUUUGGGGUUGAGUUUGUUCCAAAUUCAUUGAUCACCAUAGAACUUAUGUUCUGUUCGAAGGUAAAACAGCCAAAUAUUUAAUGUAAAUGUGAAUCGAUUCUCAGUUGCGGUACGGUUCUAGAAACAUAAAUCCCUCUACUUUCAUGUCACAUCUAAAUAAUUUAACAAAUGCUAAAUACACACAUACUGUACACCGUUUUAACAGUUGCAGCCGAGUAUUUUUCAGUGACAAUACGUUUGUCGCGUCUGUCUUCCGUUCACACACAGGUGUUCGGAGAUGCAGAUAGCUAAUUAGCACAGGUAGUCUUCCAUCUGUUUUCUGUAAACAAGCGCUGUAACAUGACAAUAUGGCUGUGUGGGAACCCCAACCCUAAAAAGGUGUGUAUCAAUUUAAAAAUUAUUUCUCACUGAUUUGAAAGAGAAGAUCCUAAUGCUCCAAAACCGUACCACAAGCAAUGCGUGUUAAUGUUCAAACCGAGUGUUGGGGCUCUUUAAAAAAAACUCCCUCGUACAGACUCUUAUGUGUAAUGUAAUGGAACUGAGAGUCAUGAUCAAGGGCUGAUCUAACAGGUAUAGUAGGCAGCUGUGCUUGUCAUUUGUUGGAACAUGUCAGCAUUGCUCUUAGUUAAAAUGGAAAGACAAUAUACCUAUUACUGCUGCUCUUUAAUUAUUUGUUACUUUUUUUCUUUUUUUUUUCUUUUUUAUUAUUUCUUAAAAUUGCAUUGUUGGUUAAGGGCUUGUAAGUAAGCAUUUCACUGUAAGGUCUACACCUGUUGUAUUCGGCGCAUGUGACAAAUAACAUUUGAUUUGAUAAGAGUUGAGUUCAACUUUGCAAGUAAAAUGAGUUGGGGCACAUUUACUUGAGAGUAGUACACUUGUCAACCACUGCUUUACAUGGUUUGGGAGAGGAGAAGAGGGAUGGGAGGGUGGAUUCAUUUCUAAGAUACUGUAAUGAUCCUAGCAUUGAUGAGCACGAUUACCGCUCUCCCAUGGGAGCUAGCCUAGUUGUCUUGGAGCAGCCGGACCAUGUCCAGCUCUGGAACCAAAGAUAUCAAUUCACCCCUUGAUUCAUGAGACGGUAGCAUGAGGUUUAGAGUUGUGAAUUGCAGGCAAAGCCAUUUCCUAUUAGGCUACCUUUUAGCCUACACGUCACAAGGCUAGGUCUACAUUAACAACUAAGGAGUAAGGUUUUUAAAUGACAGAAGAUCCCUGAUCUGUAUGACAAUGACCCUGGCGUUAAUAAGCACGAUUUAUAUUGUGAUAAUCAAGGGUGGUUGGUUCAAUUCACACCUCGAUUCAGAAGCACAAUGAGGAAUGAAUUGAACCGAUUAGGGUCGGCUCCAGAGACGGAAAUGCUCCAAGAAAGCAAAGUCCCUUGGGGAGCAGUAAUCGUUUUCAUCACUAUGGUGUUUAACACAAACUAAAUAAAUUGUUUGGAAAUAAUACUAUUUAAAAAUUAUAAAAUACCCUACCUGCUCAAACCUACUAUGCAAGGGAGUUUUGCAAUGGACCCAGAAUUGACCUAUGUCUCUCCUCAGGCACCUGCCUACCAUCUGGUCCUGGAGGGGAUCCUCAUAUUGUGGAUCAUCAGACUCCUGUUUUCAAAGACGUACAAACUACAGGAGCGUUCAGACCUCACGGAGAAGGUAGAGGGAAAUGGUUUCACCCCACCUGGGAGUGCAUAGGACACUCUGGGUGGAAAUUCUGUGUGGAACUAUUUCUGGCACAAUGUGUUAACUCCAUAGUGUUUGUCUAUAACAGGAAAAGGAGGACUUGAUCGAAGAAUGGCAACCAGAACCCCUUGUCCCUCCUAUGUCCAAAGACCAUCCUUCCCUCAAUUAUGACAUAGUCACUGGGUAAGCUAAUUAUGCUUUCUUGACUGUUUCUGAAGUGCAGUGAAAGAUCUCACAGCCUUUACUGCAACAUCUUUCCAAGUAGGCUAAUCUAGCCGAUUUUUGCUUUACGCAGUACAGUCAAAUAAAUACCUGGGUCAUGUUCAGUAGGGCACACCGUAGCAAAAACUACAAAAUGUGGUCUUGUUGUACAAGUUAAUGUUUUACAUGAUUUCAAAACAGUUUAAGCUGUUUUCUGCCUACUGAACGGUACCCAGGUCUAGCGGUCUACCUCACUUCUCUGAGAUUGCAUUCUAGCAUAAAGUGAACCUUGUGUUGUUUUUAGCUAAUAGCAGGGUGUUUUAUUUUACAGCCCGCCAAGCCACAAAAUCAUUGUAAAUGGAAAAGAGUGCAUUAACUUUGCUUCAUUUAACUUCUUGGGUCUCCUUGACAACGAGCGAGUGAAGGUCGGUACUAUUUUAAGUAGAAGCACGCCUUUUUGUUUGUUUUCUAAGCUAUUAGCCAUUUUGAUACAAUUCAAUUUUGUUUAAAUGUUGGCACAGUACAAUGCUAAGGACAUGAGCUAAAUACUUUUGUGGAGAAAAAUUGAAACAAAAACAAUCAUUCAGUAAUCAUGGCUGUUUCUCAACCUGUUUAGGUUACUGUACCCCAAAUUACAUUUUACUCUGCCUGCCUCGGUUCAACCGGUCGGGACUAUUAUUCAUUUGACCGUUAGGCCUAUGUUUUUACACGACAAAUGAUGAAAUAUCCCAUGUUCCGAUAUGAAUGAUCCAUAUGCCAAACACCUCAAUGGGUACUAGUACCCUAUGUUGACAACCACUGGUGUGUCUCUUGGGCUUAACCUAUAGACAGGUUGGUUGUUUAGCAACAUAACCGACACAUGCGCAACUAUGGGCCAAAACAGACGGUUGGUUUAUAUUGUUGACAACGUGUAAACUAUAUUUAUUCUCCUGUCCAAUGUUUAUUGAAAACAUAAAUGAAUUUGCACAAUGAGCACUUGUUGUCUCUCAAAUACAUCGUUAAAGUUGUUGGUUAGCUAGCUAGCAAAUUUUAGCCAUAUUAGCAUUGACAUGAAAUCAGUCAAAACACCUCAAAACAAGACAUUGUAUCAAGACCAAGAAACUAGCUGAAAUGAGUUACUUAUGAUUCCCCACAUGACAGUUUCUUGUCAUUGUUGGUAGCUAUCUGGCCAUCCAGAAUCACAACAACUCACAGACUUCUGCCCCAUUUGAAGCGUGCAUCACCACACAUGCCUAUAGCAGCAAUGCAUAUGUGUAGAAGGACAAAAGCAUUUAAAUGAAUAUAAAUAGCUCUAUUUCCCCUUCUUCUCUGACAGCAAAAGGCCUUGACUUCUCUCAGGAGGUAUGGUGUUGGUACCUGUGGUCCAAGAGGGUUCUAUGGAACCUUUGGUGAGUUGCUCUAAAGAAAAGCCAUGCUCUGAGAAUGGCGCCGGAGGAGAUGGCUGCCGUUUUACGGGCUCCUAACCAAUUGUGCUAUUUUGUGUUUUUUUCGCGUUGUUUGUAACUUAUUUUGUACAUAAUGUUUCUGCCACUGUCUCUUAUGACCGAAAAGAGAUUCUGGAUAUCAGAAGAGCGAUCACUCACCUCGAACUGGACAAAGAUUUUUUUCUUUAUCAAGUCGGACGCAAAGGAUUUACGAUACAGGGGACGCAGGUCCGGUUGCCUUGCUAGAAUUCGUUGGCGAGUGGGUAACCCGCCUCUACCAUCUGUCCUAUUGGCCAAUAUGCAAUAAUUGGAGAAUAAACUGGAUGAGCUCCGUUCAAGACUAUCCUACCAACGGGACAAUAGAAACUGUAAUAUCUUAGGUUUCACUGAGUCGUGGCUGAACGACGAUAUGGAUAAUAUACAGUUGAAUGGUUUUUCCGUGCAUCGGCAAGACAACAGCUGCCUCCGGUAAGACAAGGGGUGGCGCUCUGUGUUUUUUUUGUCAAUAACAGCUGGUGUGCGAAAUCGAAUACUAAGGAAGUCUCGAGGUUUUGCUCGCCUGAGGUAGAGUGUAUCAUGAUAAGCUGUAGACCACACUAUUUACCAAGAGUUUUCAUAGCUUCAUUUCAUAGCUGUCUAUUUACCACCACAAACCGAUAACCGAUGCAGGCACUAAGACCGCACUCAACGAGCUAUAUAAAGCCAUAAGCAAAAAGAAAAUGCUCAUCCAGAGGCGGCACUCCUAGUGGCCGGGGACUUUAAUGCAGGGAAACUUAAAUCAGUUUGACCUCAUUUCUACCAGUAUGUUAUAAUUCUAUCCUCCUGAUUCCUGCUUACAAGCAAAAACCUAAGCAGGAAGUACCAGUGACUCGCUCAAUACGGAAGUGGCCAGAUGACGCAGAUGCUAAGCUACAGGACUGUUUUGCUAGCACAGACUGGAAUAUGUUCCGGGACUCAUCCGAUGGCAUUGAGGAGUAUACCACCUCAGUCACCGGCUUCAUCAAUAAGUGCAUCGAUGACGUCGUCCCCACAGUGACCGUACGUACAUACCAGAAGCCAUGGGAUUACAGGCAACAUCUGCACUGAGCUAAAGGGUAGAGCUGCCGCUUUCAAGGAGCGGGACUCUAACCCGGACGCUUAUAAGAAAUCCCGCUAUGCCCUCAGACAAACAGGCAAAGUGUAAAUACAGGACUAAGAUUGAAUCCUACUACCCCGGCUCCGACGCUCGUCUGAUGUGGCAGUGUUUGCAAACUAUUAUGGACUACAAAGGGAAGCCCAGCCGUGAGCUGCCCAGUGACACAAGCCUACCAGACGAGCUAAACGACUUCUAUGCGUGCUUCAAGGCAAGCAACACUGAAGCAUGCAUGAGAGCACCAGCUGUUCCGGAUGACUAUGUGAUCACGCUCUCCAUAGCCGAUGUGAGUAAGACCUUUUAAGCAGGUCAACAUUCACAAGGCUGCAGGGCCAUUCGGAUUACCAGGACGUGUGUACUCCUAGCAUGCGCUGACCAAGUGUCUUCACUGACAUUUUCAACCUGUUCCCUGGCCGAGUCUGUAAUACCUACAUGUUUCAAGCAGACCACCAUAGUCCCUGGGCCCCAGAACACCAAGGUAACCUGCCUAAAUGACUACCGACCCGUAGCACUCACGUGUGUAGCCAUGAAGUGCUUUGAAAGGCUGGUCAUGGCUCACAUCAACACCAUCAUCCCGGAAACCCUAGACCCACUCCAAUUUGCAUACCGCCUCAACAGAUCCACAAAUGACUCAAUCUCUAUUGCACUCAACACUGCGUUUUUCCCCACCUGGACAAAAGGAACACCUACGUGAGAAUGCUAUUCAUUGACUACAGCUCAGCGUUCAACACCAUAGUUCCCGCAAAGCUCAUCAUUAAGCUAAGGACCCUGGGACUAAACACCUCCCUCUGCAAUUGGAUCCUGGACUUCCUGACGGGCCGCCCCCAGGUGGUAAGGUUAGGCAACAACACAUCUGCCACGCUGAUCCUCAACACGGGGGCCCCUCAGGGGUGCGUGCUCAGUCCCCUCCUGUACUCCCUGUUCACCCAUGACUGCGUGACCAAGCACGACUCCAACACCAUCAUCAAGUUUGUUGAUGACACAACAGUGGUAGGCCUGAUCACCGACAACAAUGAGACAAUCUAUAGGGAGGAGGUUAGAGACCUGGCAGUGUGGUGCCGGGAUAACAACCUCUCCCUCAACGUGACCAAGACAAAGGAGAUGAUCGUGGACUACAGGAAAAGGAGGACCGAGCACGCCCCCAUUCUCAUCGACGGGGCUGUAGUGGAGCAGGUUGAGAGCUUCAAGUUCCUUGGUGUCCACAUCAGCAGCAAACUAUCAUGGUCCAAACACAUUGGCAUUGGUCCUCAGAUCCUCAAAAAGUUAUACAGCUGCACCAUCAAGAGCAUCCUGACUGAUUGCAUCACCGCCUGGUAUCGCAACUGCUCGGCCUCCGACCGUAAGGCAAUACAGAGCGUAGUGCGUAUGGCCCAGUACAUCACUGGGGCCAAGCGUCCAGCCAUCCAGGACCUCUAUAACAGGCAGUGUCAGAGGAAGGCCCUGAGAAUUGCCAAAGACUCCAGCCACCCUAGUCAUAGACUGUUCUCUCUGCUACCGCACGGCAAGCGGUACCGGAGCGCUAAGUCUAGGUCCAAAAGGCUUCUUAACAGCAUCUACCCCCAAGCCAUAAGACUGCUGAACAGAUAAUCAAAUGACUACCCUGGACUAUUUGCAUAGUUUUUUUUUUUACACUGCUGUUUAUCUAUUGUGGUAAACCAUGGGGUGUUUGGUUGAGCGUGCAGAGAUGGACACAGAGAACACGACUUUACUAGGCAACGAAAAUAAAGUUAACAAAAUAAUUCAGGGUUGGCUCUGUACUUCUUCUCAUACUCGGCUCUGUGCCUCCGGGAGCUUCGUUCCCCUUCGUAGGCUCACUCCUUGCCUCUCUCUUUGUCCUCUUCGUGGAGUGCCACGGUGCUCCCUUUAUGUGGCCUGCACGGCUGACUGGCACUCUCCCUUAAUUACCUCUACUUGGCCCAUCAGCGUCAGGGUGCCCAGCCCGUGUACUCGCAGCAGAGGGAGACAACGUCGCAGCACAUACCUCCCCUCUAUCACCAACCCCUGGGGAUACCACACUAUGCAUAGUCACUUUACCCCUACCAACAUGUACAUAUUACCUCAAUUACAUUUUACAUUUUAGUCAUUUAGUAGACUAAAGUUAGUGAGUGCAUACAUUUUCAUACUGGCCCCCCGUGGGAAACAAACCCACAACCCUGGCGUUGCAAGUGCCAAUGCUCUACCAACUGAGCUACAGUGGACUACCUCAACUAACCUGUGCCCCUGCACAUUGACUCGGUACCGGUACCCCCUGUAUAUAGCCUCGUUAUUGUUGUUUUAUUGUUGCUCUUUAAUUUUUUACUUUAAUUUAUUUAGUAAAUAUUUUUCUUAACUGCAUUGUUGGUUAAGGGCUCGUAAGGAAGCCAUUUCACGGUAAGGUCUACACCUGUUGUAUUCGGCGCAUGUGACAAAUCAAAUUUUAUUUGCACCACAGUUCAGUUAUCCUCUGAGUAUUUCAGAUCAACAUGUAUCAACAUGUUCAAAUGUAGACCGAAGGGUUCUCAGUCUGAACUUGUACGUACAUGUCAGUGUCCUUUUUUAUUUUGUUUUGUUCCAUUUGUCUCCAUAACUCUGAUGUUUUUCGGAUCCUUCCAGAUGUCCACUUGGAGUUAGAGGAUCGUUUGGCCAAGUUCAUGAAAACAGAGGAGGCCAUUAUCUAUUCCUAUGGCUUUGCAACGAUAGCUAGUGCAAUACCUGCCUACUCCAAGAGAGGAGACAUAGUGUUUGUGUAAGUGUUUCUCUCACAUCCCCAUUUGGUUCAACAAGCCAACUAGUCCUACUUGAAUUUAUUCUCCAACAAGCAUUUUGUAUCAUAUUUAUUUUGAUCUUUCCAGGGAUGAGGCGGCAUGUUUCUCCAUACAAAAGGGUCUCCAAGCCUCCCGCAGUUUCAUCAAGUACUUCAAACACAACGACAUGGAGGAUCUGGAGAGACUGCUCAAAGAACAGGAGAUCGAGGAUCAGAGGGUUAGUCAAAGCAGGCCUGCUGCCAUUUUGUCAACACCAUCCACUUGACCAAUCUCUACAUCCUGAUUCUCCACGCUUUUUCUAAAGUGUGCACUUACAUACUCAGUGGGAGUAUCUCAAUUGCAUUUACUUGCGUCCUCUCUCCCCACCUCCUUCUCAAAAUCCAGGGGAGUGAUCUCUGACCUCAUCCAUUGUGUUUUGAGAAGGAAGCAUGGAGAGAGGAUGCGGGGAAUCAAGGAAAUGCCAUUGAGAUUCUCCCACUGGCAUGGAUUUAAAAGUAUAGGAAAGGUGUACGUUUUUGCUGAGGGGAGUUUCCACCAUUGUUAAAUUCAUGACGGGAAGUGCACACUUCAGAAGAAGGGUGGAGCAUUGGGACGUAGACUCUUGUUGCGUCCCAAUAAUGUCUCCUUCUUACUGAAGCUUGCGCUUGUUCACUAGUUCCCCACAUUUAAAAGCAUUGGAUUGGUGUAGGUAUAUACCAGUCAUUUCCUUUCAAAUCCAUGAAGGAAAAGCGAACAAGUGCACUCUUUGGGGAGCGAGAUUAUUGGGACGCAACGUAUGUGUGAUGGCUGCCACCAUUUUGUUUCAACACCAUCCAGUUGACCUGUAUGUGUGUGGAGGCCAUUUUGAAAGUCACACUUAUCAAACCUAUCUUGUUUUCUGCUGUAGAAUCCUCGGAAGGCCCGAGUGACCAGAAGGUUCAUCGUAGUGGAAGGGCUGUAUAUAAACACUGCAGAUGUUUGUCCCCUUCCAGACCUGGUGAGAUACCCAAUAUGGUUCCAUUAUAUCCCAAGAUAGUUUACCUUUUUUACUGUUGAGUUGUGCAAAUCAAUUCUUGAUUCCCGUAGAUAGAGCCAUGUGUGUCAUGUGGUACUUUGUAACAAUGGUACUUAAUUCAUGGUUCAUGUUAUACAGUAUUUUGAUCAAAGUGUCAACUGCAGCUGUGUCAAUGAGCGCUACCCCCUUUUUUCACUUUGAGUCCAUGGGACAGGUUUCUAGCACGUUACAACAGAACAUAGUGUUUGGUAUGUUCCACCUUCAUCUCAUAUUUCUAUUGGCCACCAGGUGAAGCUGAAGUACAAGUACAAGGUCCGCAUCUUCCUGGAGGAGAGCAUGUCAUUCGGAGUGUUGGGAGAACACGGCCGAGGGGUCACGGAACACUUUGGGGUCAACGUGAGUAGUACGCCACCCAACCCCAUAUGAUGGAUUAAUCUGGGUCAUGUUCAGUAGGCACCAAACGGAAGACAACUGACGGAAACAGGGAGGGACUACCUGGUCAAUUAGAAACGCUUACUUCCAUGUUCUGUUGCAAAAUGUUUUUUUAAAGUAUUUGAUUUGGUGCCCUAGUGAACUGUGUGGUGCAUCUCACUACCCUCCCUUUGGUUCCUGUUUGUCAUUUUCAGAUUGACGAUAUUGACCUUAUUAGUGCCAACAUGGAGAACGCUGUGGCUUCCAUAGGCGGCUUCUGCUGUGGAAGGUCGUUCGUCAUAGAUCAUCAGGUAUUGAUAAUGGUCUUUUUACAAGUUGGAGUGAAGUGCUUCCCAGUCCUAGUCUUGGAAACUGGUUUUGUCCCCAAACUGUCUGUUGUUAUUUUCAAAGGACACACACUUGGAACACUUCCCAUAAGCAGGUUACUUACACGUGUGUAAUAUAUAUAUAUAUACACACACACACGUGUGUAACAUGUACAGCUCUGCUUUGAAGGAGGAAAACAUAUAUAUGUUUGUAUACAGUACGUGCGCUGUACAUGUAUGACUGUUAGUGUCCUCAUGAUGGCUUUGGCUAUCUGUGUCGGAAAAUUGACUUUUGAAUACUGACUGCUUUGAUAUGGUUGUUUUAUGAAACGGACAAGUCAUAGUAUAGGAGAAGUAUUUCAGGCACACUUGAUUCCGCUUAAAUUAUUCCGUUAGUUCCGGGCAAACAAGAUAAUUUGCAGCAUAGAUCAUUUGUGUUUGUCAGCAUCUGUCAGGCCAGGGAUGCUGUUUCUCUGUGUCUGUCAGGCCAGGGAUACUGUUUCUCUGUGUCUGUCAGUGUCUUUCAGGCCAGGGAUACUGUUUCUCUGUGUCUUUCAGGCCAGGGAUACUGUUUCUCUGUGUCUGCCAGUGUCUUUCAGGCUAGGGAUACUGUUUCUCUGUGUCUGUCAGUGUCUUUCAGGCCAGGGAUACUGUUUCUCUGUGUCUGUCAGUGUCUUUCAGGCCAGGGAUACUGUUUCUCUGUGUCUUUCAGGCCAGGGAUACUGUUUCUCUGUGUCUGUCAGGCUAGGGAUACUGUUUCUCUGUGUCUGUCCAGUUGUCUUUCAGGCCAGGGAUACUGUUUUCUCUGUGUCUGUCAGUGUCUUUCAGGCCAGGGAUACUGUUUCUCUGUGUCUGUCAGUGUCUUUCAGGCCAGGGAUACUGUUUUCUCUGUGUCUGUCAGGGUUGUCUUUCAGGCCAGGGAUACUGUUUCUCUGUGUCUUUCAGGCCAGGGAUACUGUUUCUCUGUGUCUGCCAGUGUCUUUCAGGCUAGGGAUACUGUUUCUCUGUGUCUGUCAGUGUCUUUCAGGCCAGGGAUACUGUUUCUCUGUGUCUGCCAGUGUCUUUCAGGCCAGGGAUACUGUUUCUCUGUGUCUGCCAGUGUCUUUCAGGCUAGGGAUACUGUUUCUGUGUGUUUCUCAGCGUUUGUCAGGCCAGGGAUACUGUUUCUCUGCCUCCCUGCCCCCCAUGCUGGCUGCUGCCGCCAUAGAGGCCCUCAACAUCAUGGAGGAAGACCCAGGUAGAUGACACACACAUUCACUCGCAACAGGGAUUCUUCCAAACACACACACACACGCACGCACCAUAUCUUACACUUACAACAAUUAUUUGCCCCCUGAUAUUCAUGUCUGUCAACUAAUUAGUUUACUACAUCCUUAUUAAAUGACUCCAGACAUUCUUUGACUAUCCCCUGAUUGAAUUGGCAGCGCUUCAGUGAAACACCAUGUGAUCAAUUUGAGUUUCUGAUCCAAACCACAUGCACUGUUCACAACCUGGACGGCUUUUGCUCUCCUCCAAUAAAGAGGUUUCUAGGAAUGGCAGUCCAAUUUCUAAGUGUGUAUGUGCGUGUGUCCAGUGUGAGUUAUUGUCAGUGUUUUGUGUUAUUAGGUGUGAUUGGUGCUUGAACAGUACAUUUGUGUGUGUGUGUGUGUGUGUGUGAAUGCUAAGUAUGCUUGCGUGCGUGUGUGCACUCACGCGUCUUACAGCGUGAGAUGAGCUGAGGUCGAGUGCACUUAGCACUGCCGAGCAGACCCCGGUCUCACUCCGUGUUGAAAAGGCGCCAGCCACACACUGGCCAAGGUAAACUAAUUACUGUACGACAGCUGGAACUUGGCUCGCCUGGUGCCUCAAUCUGAGAAUGAAAAAUACCCUGGAUGCUGAACCUUUCACUCCUCUUGUGUUGUAGACAUUUUUACCAUCCUGAGGGAGAAGUGCAAAUGCGUCCACAAAGCGUUGCAAGAGUAAGUUAAGUUGAUUUUUGUCCUGGGAAAGGAAUUGUGAUUAUGCAUGGUCCUGUGAACUUUCCAUUGAAUGAUAAGAUCCAGGCCUUCUUAAUACAUAUUUUUUGAUUUAGUUUGAUAUUAUAACAUGAUAUACGAUUAGCGGCGGUUGUACAGGUUUUUUUUUUUUUUUUGUGUGAAUUUUGUUAUCAUAUUCUGAGAAUAUACAUCAAUGUAUUUUUUUUUUUUGUUGAAACUUUGCUGUUUCUAGUAAUUUGGUGAAAAUAUAUGAUACAACAUUGAUUAGUAAGAAAUUGUUGCUGUUGUGCACACAUCAUUGGUAUCAAACAGUUCCUUUCAAUGAAGAUGGAUUGGCCUCCGUAAAUACAUUGUAGAGCAGCUGUGAAGUAAGUGGGGUCCCUUUUUGCCGAACACAGUUUCUUGCAGCCUGUGGCCUAGCAGUCAGGUUGUUCCCAUUAUAUUAACACUGGUCGUUACGGUUGAGUGGGGGGGGGGGGGAAGAGUGAAAACAAUACAUUGAAACCAAACUCAAGAAAACACUGAAUAUAGGCACGGUAUGGGAGUAGUUAAAGCAAGACGCAGACAUUUUUGGUAGUUUAUUACACUUUUUAACAAUGAGAUGUCCACACGCAACGCACUGCUCUCACAAAACCUUCCCUUUUUUACAGUCUUUGCUCAACCUUGGUGCGGGAUCCUGUGGUUAUCCAUAUGUGUUUUUUUUUUUUACACAUUUUGAAAUCCUAUACACCAAACCAAUAACAGCAGUCUCUCGCAUGUCUCUCUGUUUUCCAUGGAUUCUCCUCUGUCCCUGCGAAGGGUCCCAUGGUUUCUGCUUAGCGUCUCUUCCUCUCGUCUGGCAAUAGGAUAUCUCAUAGGAGACGACCUCCUAGUUUUGGGGCUCACGCGUCUCUCGUAUCCAGAUCCACCCUGCUUAUAUUGGCUGUCCCUAUACCGUAGCUAGGCUAUACAUCAGAGCACAAAAUCAGUCUUGUUCCAUGGGGAUGUAGUGAGUAUUUAAUAUCUGACACAAUGUACUGGGAAGUUAAUAUAGGGGUCAAUGUGAUUGCACCGUUGGAACACUUCCAAAUAGGAUUUACCCCAGUGUUUCCAUCUACGCGGGCCGGCACCCAUGUCUCACUGGGCCAUGGCUCCGGCGGAUCUGCUCUCACUUGGGGCCAAAGCCAGGCCACUGGUACUUUUCAGCUGUCAUUUACAUAACAAUGGCUAACUGUGAACUUUAACACCUUCUCACAAAGCAACUGUUUUAAUUAUACAGAGGUUGUUGAUUCUGCUCACCACAAGUCCUCACUGUCAGCCCUAGAUAUGGAAACACCAUGUCCCCAGUAUAACAUCAGCCCUAGAUAUGGAAACACCAUGUCCCUAGUAUAACAUCAGCCCUAGAUAUGGAAACACCAUGUCCCCAGUAUAACAUCAGCCCUAGAUAUGGAAACACCAUGUCCCCAGUAUAACAUCAGCCCUAGAUAUGGAAACACCAUGUCCAUAUCAGCCCUAGAUAUGGAAACACCAUGUCCCCAGUAUAACAUCAGCCCUAGAUAUGGAAACACCAUGUCCCCAGUAUAACAUCAGCCCUAGCUAUGGAAACACCAUGUCCCCAGUAUAACAUCAGCCCUAGAUAUGGAAACACCAUGUCCCCAGUAUAACAUCAGCCCUAGAUAUGGAAACACCAUGUCCCCAGUAUAACAUCAGCCCUAGAUAUGGAAACACCAUGUCCCUAGUAUAACAUCAGCCCUAGAUAUGGAAACACCAUGUCCCCAGUAUAACAUCAGCCCUAGAUAUGGAAACACCAUGUCCCUAGUAUAACAUCAGCCCUAGAUAUGGAAACACCAUGUCCCUAGUAUAACAUCAGCCCUAGAUAUAGAAACACCAUGUCCCCAGUAUAACAUCAGCCCUAGAUAUGGAAACACCAUGUCCCCAGUAUAACAUCAGCCCUAGAUAUGGAAACACCAUGUCCCCAGUAUAACAUCAGCCCUAGAUAUGGAAACACCAUGUCCCCAGUAUAACAUCAGCCCUAGAUAUGGAAACACCAUGUCCCCAGUAUAACAUCAGCCCUAGAUAUGGAAACACCAUGUCCCCAGUAUAACAUCAGCCCUAGAUAUGGAAACACCAUGUCCCCAGUAUAACAUCAGCCCUAGAUAUGGAAACACCAUGUCCCCAGUAUAACAUCAGCCCUAGAUAUGGAAACACCAUGUCCCCAGUAUAACAUCAAGGUGGAACACUGGUGUUAAUGUGGAAAAGCAGCACUAGAGAACCUCCUUUCCUUGUAAAUAGCUUCCCAAAGCUGAAAUCUGCAGCGACGCUAAAUGGGAAGCAUGUUCAGAGUUAUGACCACAGGGUUGCUAAGAAUUCUUCUUUUCCCAGAAGUAUGUAGGGAGAAAGCACUUUAAAUGCAAUAUGUGUUAGAUAUUGGGAAAUUCGGUGUUGGUUUCUCAAGGGUUUGAAGACUCCAAAGUAAAAGUCCUUUCAAAGUUGUAGCAUUUAACUGGAACCAAAGUGACCCUAAAGGGACUAUUUAGCUUUUUUUUUCUCCUUUUUUUGAAAUGUAUGAUUUGGUGAAAAUUUUUUUUCCAAUACAGACUCUUUAUUCUGCUGUGAAAUAUGUAUCUACACUAUUCUCAUGUACAUGUGGUCUCUGCAUUGCAGAAGUCCUGGGCUGAAGGUUGUAGGGGAGUCGUAUGCCCCUGCUAUUCACCUGCAGCUGGAGAGGAGCUCUGGAUCCAGAGACACUGACGUGAGGAUGCUUCGCAGCAUCGUAGAUUACGUAAGAGAUCCACAUUAUGUAUGAAAUAUUUAGAACCACUAGUGUCUUAAUGAUAAACAAAUGGCUUUACUAUGAGUUUCAAUUUAAAAAUGGUUCUUGAGUGUUGCUCAUAAGUGAGUGUUACAUUACAUAUGAAGGAAGUACUGUAGAGAUGUGGAUAUCAUGAGUUUUGUUUUUCAUUGACCAGUGUUUGGAGAGACGGAUCGCCCUCACCCUAGCUCGGUACUUGGAUAAAGAGGAACGCUUUCUCCCUCCACCUUCGUAAGUUUUUCAAAUGUAUAUAAACUCAGCAAAAAAAGAAACGUCCCCUCACUGUCAACUGCGUUUAUUUUCAGCAAACUUAACAUGUGUAAAUAUUUGUAUGACCAUAACAAGAUUCAACAACUGAGACAUAAACUGAAGAAGUUCCACAGACAUGUGACUAACAGAAAUUGAAUAAUGUGUCCCUGAACAAAGGGGGGGUCAAAAUCAAGUACUGCAGUGCAUCUCCUCAUGGACUGCACCAUAUUUGCCAGUACUUGCUGUGAGAUGUUACCCCACUCUUCCACCAAGGUACCUGCAAGUUCCCAGACAUUUCUGGGGGGAAUGGUCCUAGCCCUCACCCUCCGAUCCAACAGGUCCCAGACGUGCUCAAUGGGAUUGAGAUCCGGGCUCUUCGCUGGCCAUGGCAGAACACUGACAUUCCUGUCUUGCAGGAAAUCACGCACAGAACGAGCAGUAUGGCUGGUGGCAUUGUCAUGCUGGAGGGUCAUGUCAGGAUGAGCCUGCAGGAAGGGUACCACGAGGGAGGAGGAUGUCUUCCCUGUAACGCACAGCGUUGAGAUUGCCUGCAAUGACAACAAGCCCGCUCCAGAGUACAGGCCUCGGUGUAACGCUCAUUCCUUCGACGAUAAACGUGAAUCCGACCAUCACCCCUGGUGAGACAAAGCCACGACUCGUCAGUGAAGAGCACUUUUUGCCAGUCCUGUCUGGUCCAGCGUUGGUGGGUUUGUGCCCAUAGGCAACGUUGUUGCCGGUGAUAUCUGGUGAGGACCUGCCUUACAACAGGCCUACAAGCCCUCAGUCCAGCAUCUAUCAGCCUAUUGCGGACAGUCUGAGCACUGAUGGAGGGAUUGUGCGUUCCUGGUGUAACUCGGGCAGUUGUUGCUGCCAUCCUGUACCUGUCCCGCAGGUGUGAUGUUCGGAUGUACCGAUCCUGUGCAGGUGUUGUUACACGUGGUCUGCCACUGCGAGGACGAUCAGCUGUCCAUCCUGUCUCCCUGUAGCGCUGUCUUGGGCGUCUCACAGUACGGACAUUGCAAUUUAUUGCCCUGGCCACAUCUGCAGUCCUCAUGCCUCCUUGCAGCAUGCCUAAGGCACAUUCACGCAGAUGAGCAGGGACCCUGGGCAUCUUUCUUUUGGUGUUUUUCAGAGUCAGUAGAAAGGCCUCUUUAGUGUCCUAAGUUUUCAUAACUUUGACCUUAAUUGCCUACCGUCUGUAAUCUGUUAGUGUCUUAACGACCGUUCCACAGGUGCAUGUUCAUUAAUUGUUUAUGGUUCAUUGAACAAGCAUGGGAAACAGUGUUUAAACCCUUUACAAUGAAGAUCUGUGAAGUUAUUUGGAUUUUUACGAAUUAUCUUUGAAAGACAGGGUCCUGAAAAGGGGACGUUUCUUUUUUUGCAGUUUUAUAUAUUUUGUAUAUAUUUUUUAAUAUAUAUAUAUAUAUAUAUAUAUAUAUGGUUAUGUAUGCAGUAUUUUUUUAUGACGUCAUAUCUAUUGGAAGUUAUCACAGCAUUGAAAGAUGACAUUUGCCAUGACACUGCUGAAUGUGUUCUGACGGUCCAACUGUCUGCAGGAUCCGGGUAGUGGUCACCAUCGAGCAGACAGAAGAGGACAUUGAGAAAGCUGCAUCCUGCAUCAGAGAAGCAGCUCUGGCUAUCCUCAAAUGAUUCCUGGUUCCUGACCAACGAGACAUGAAAUUCUCCGUUCUCAGAGUUUGCCGACAUUCCCAGGAUUCAACUCCAGGCUUCGCAGAGCAUCAAUAGAGAGGGAAGUUGGAAAGGUCCGUCAUGGCAUAGCCAGGUGUGUUCCUCCACAAACUCGAGAAGACUCGAUAGGUGGACAACACUCCGUGAGGAGCAUUGUCGAUUUUUUAAAAAAUCAGAUUAUAUCCUUUUUGCAGCUACUUAUUUUAUUGACCUCAUUUGCUGGCGAUCCUCAUUCACCUUCUCACAUCUAAAUGAAUGUAAAAUGUGGGCCUCGUCACCCAACCGUCAUUCAGUUCACUAUCUGUUUGAAUUAAGGUUGCAAGUCUUAACUAAUAAACAAUUAAAUAUUUGAAACCAAGAGCUGUAUCAUUUUGUAAGUUAAAUUACUUUUUUUAUAUAUAUAUAUACGGUAUUGUAACACCGUUUUUCUCUCUUUUGUUUUUGUUUUUCAUAUACUGACACAAACCAAAUUGUGUAUAUUAUGAUUUUCCCGCUUUUGACCAAAUGUUAGAUUGUAUUCCAAAAAGCGUUUCAUAUUAUCGCACUGCGUUGUAUGAAAUGCACCUAUUUAUGUUAUGUUUUGUCUUGUAUACAAAUUAAUAUUUUAUUACAAGCGCUCACUGAUUUUUAAGCCUUGCAAGAUUGUUUCUCUUUCACAUCUCACCAAUCGCCCCACUUGCCAUCAUGGCUAGGUCAGCCUGCAUUGACACCAUGACGGUAUGUAUCAUUGGGGAUUUGGAUUAUUAUGUUAAGUUAGGCUCUUUGAACGUAUUACAUAUUUGUUCUGUUACUAAUCAUUAAGUAACUUUUCUCUGUGUUUUAAGUGUUAAAAAUUAUUUGCGGUUUGAUUUGAACAGUUCAUUUUCUUCAUUAGAUCACGAAUGAUUGUUACACAGGUGAAAUUUGUAUGCAAACCAUUCUAUGUAAUUUGAGAUAGUUUUAACAUGCCAACUUGAAUAUAAAUAUUUGCACUGUAUUUGCACUGUGAUGCACAUCAAUCUCAUUUUCACUUUGAAGCCUAUUGUUGAGUAACAUAAUGACACUACUGAAUAACAAGCUAGUGUCACCUUUUUGUACCACACACAUACUCACUGGUUCAUUUAUACAAAAUCCAAUAUGCAGUAUAUUAUGUGCCUUUGUUGCUAACUGUGCUAUCAAUUUGAAUGACUAUUAAUCAAAUAAAUGGGAAAAUUGUGACUUAGUUCUGAG